CGCGCGCACCGCUGCCUGCCACCGCCGCCGCCGCCACCGCCGCCGUCGCUGCUCGAGCGGGCGCUGCUCCCGAGUCGAGCCGCCGCCGCCGCCACCACCGCCGCCGGCUUUGUGCUUCCAGCCGAGGAUGGGAGCGACCUCUUCCUGAAAGCGAGCUGUCUCCAAAAGGGAGUGAGCGCGCCCGAUUGCCCGGCGGCGUGCAGGGAAUCCAUCCACAAGGCUCAGCCCAGGUUGGGACAUUUGGAAGUCUCAUUGUACAACAUGCUGCAAAUAAGUCUCUCACCGACUGUUUCAAUGGGAUUUCGUCUGGUAGCUAUGGUGGCUCUCUUGUUUUCCCAUGUUGACCAUAUAACUGCGGAAGCAGAGUCAGAAGCAGGGGGAAAUGAAACCACUGAAUGUACUGGCUCAUAUUACUGCAAGAAAGGGGUGAUUCUUCCCAUUUGGGAACCCCAAGACCCAUCUUUUGGGGAUAAAAUUGCUAGAGCAACUGUGUAUUUUGUAGCCAUGGUCUACAUGUUUCUCGGAGUUUCCAUCAUUGCCGACCGGUUCAUGUCCUCCAUAGAAGUCAUCACAUCUCAAGAAAAAGAAAUAACCAUAAAGAAGCCCAAUGGGGAGACCACCAAGACUACAGUAAGGAUCUGGAAUGAGACGGUGUCAAACCUGACCUUGAUGGCUCUGGGCUCAUCUGCUCCUGAGAUUCUCCUCUCUGUCAUUGAAGUAUGUGGCCAUAACUUCACUGCAGGGGACCUUGGUCCCAGCACCAUCGUGGGAAGCGCUGCCUUUAACAUGUUCAUCAUCAUUGCGAUUUGUGUUUAUGUGGUCCCUGAUGGAGAGACAAGGAAGAUUAAGCAUUUGCGUGUGUUCUUUGUGACAGCAGCCUGGAGCAUCUUCGCCUAUACCUGGCUUUAUAUAAUUCUGUCUGUCAUCUCUCCUGGUGUUGUGGAGGUCUGGGAAGGAUUGCUCACUUUCUUUUUUUUUCCCAUCUGUGUCGUGUUCGCUUGGGUAGCAGACAGGCGGCUUCUCUUUUAUAAGUAUGUCUACAAGCGGUAUAGGGCUGGCAAGCAGAGGGGAAUGAUUAUUGAACAUGAAGGAGACAGGCCAGCUUCCAAAACUGAAAUUGAAAUGGAUGGGAAAGUGGUCAACUCUCAUGUUGACAAUUUCUUAGAUGGUGCUCUGGUUUUGGAAGUCGAUGAGAGGGACCAAGAUGAUGAGGAAGCAAGGCGUGAGAUGGCAAGGAUUCUGAAGGAACUUAAGCAGAAGCAUCCAGAUAAAGAAAUUGAGCAAUUAAUAGAAUUAGCCAACUAUCAAGUCCUAAGUCAGCAGCAAAAAAGCCGAGCAUUUUAUCGGAUUCAAGCUACUCGCCUGAUGACUGGAGCUGGCAACAUUUUGAAGAGGCAUGCCGCUGACCAAGCAAGGAAGGCUGUCAGCAUGCAUGAAGUCAACAUGGGAGCAGUUGAAAAUGACCCGGUCAGUAAGAUCUUCUUCGAGCAAGGGACAUACCAAUGUCUAGAGAACUGUGGUACUGUGGCUCUUACCAUUAUCCGUAGAGGGGGCGACUUGACCAGCACUGUGUUUGUUGAUUUCAGAACAGAAGAUGGCACAGCCAAUGCAGGGUCUGAUUAUGAAUUCACUGAAGGGACUGUGAUCUUUAAACCUGGGGAGAGCCAGAAGGAGAUCAGAGUUGGCAUCAUUGAUGAUGAUAUCUUUGAAGAGGAUGAAAACUUCCUUGUGCAUCUAAGCAAUGUCAGAGUCUCUUCUGAAGAUUCAGAAGAUGGCAUACUAGAAGCCAAUCAUAUUUCUUCACUUGCUAGUCUUGGGUCCCCCUGCACUGCCACUGUGACCAUUUUUGAUGAUGACCAUGCAGGCAUCUUUACGUUUGAGGAACCAGUGACUCACGUGAGUGAGAGCAUUGGCAUCAUGGAGGUGAAGGUUUUGAGAACAUCCGGAGCUCGAGGAAAUGUUAUUGUCCCCUAUAAAACCAUUGAAGGAACAGCCCGAGGUGGAGGGGAGGACUUUGAGGACACGUGUGGAGAACUCGAAUUCGAGAACGAUGAAAUUGUCAAAACAAUUGAAGUCAAGGUAAUUGAUGAUGAGGAGUAUGAGAAAAACAAGACCUUCUACAUUGAGCUCGGAGAGCCCCGCCUGGUGGAGAUGAGUGAGAAGAAAGCCGGGUUGUUGAGUGAGCUUGGUGGCUUCACAUUAACAGGAAAAUACUUGUAUGGCCAGCCUCUCUUCAGGAAGGUUCAAGCUAGAGACCAUCUGCUUCCCUCCACUGUAAUCACCAUUUCAGACGAGUAUGAUGACAAGCAGCCACUGACUAGCAAAGAGGAAGAGGAGAGGCGCAUUGCAGAAAUGGGGCGCCCCAUCCUGGGAGAGCACACCAAGCUGGAGGUGAUCAUUGAAGAGUCUUACGAAUUCAAGAGCACUGUGGACAAACUCAUUAAGAAGACGAACCUGGCCCUUGUGGUAGGGACAAACAGCUGGAGGGAGCAGUUCAUCGAAGCGAUCACUGUCAGUGCAGGGGAAGAUGACGAUGACGAUGAAUGUGGGGAAGAGAAGCUGCCCUCCUGUUUUGAUUACGUGAUGCACUUUCUCACAGUAUUCUGGAAGGUUCUGUUUGCCUUCGUGCCCCCUACAGAAUACUGGAAUGGCUGGGCCUGCUUCAUCGUCUCCAUCCUCAUGAUUGGCCUCCUGACAGCCUUCAUCGGAGAUCUGGCUUCCCACUUUGGCUGCACCAUUGGACUGAAAGACUCCGUGACUGCAGUUGUGUUUGUCGCUCUCGGAACCUCAGUGCCAGACACGUUUGCCAGCAAAGUAGCAGCCACCCAGGACCAGUACGCAGAUGCAUCCAUAGGCAACGUCACCGGAAGCAACGCUGUGAACGUCUUCCUGGGAAUCGGCGUGGCCUGGUCCAUUGCUGCCAUCUACCAUGCGGCCAACGGGGAACAGUUCAGAGUGUCCCCUGGCACGCUAGCUUUCUCCGUCACUCUCUUCACCAUUUUUGCAUUCAUCAACGUGGGGGUGCUGCUGUAUCGGCGGAGGCCGGAAAUAGGAGGUGAGCUAGGUGGGCCCCGGACUGCCAAGCUCCUCACAUCUUGCUUGUUCGUGCUCCUGUGGCUCUUGUACAUUUUCUUCUCCUCCCUGGAGGCCUACUGCCACAUAAAAGGCUUCUAAAGGAACAAUCAGAUAUAGUAAAUUUAUAUAUAUACAUAUAUAUACAUUAAAAAAAUAUGUAUAAUGAACAGAGGAGACUGACAUUUGUUAUGUUCACUUAACCUGCUGAUGGAAUCCAGCUUCAAGAACAUACUCUGUACUAGGGCGGAAGUCAGAAACCACCAUCUCCCAUUCCCAGGGCAUCAUCGUGUUGAACAAGGCAUGGAGGCAGGUGCACCUCGCAUCUCAGCCUAGGAGGGCUGUACCCUCUCCAAGUUUGUAAAUGGCUAAGGCUUUGGUUUGUUUUUCCUUUGUUUUGUUUCCAGUGGGGUCGGGGAGGUGGUGGUUGGCUUUUGGUUUGGUUUGAUUUUGUUUUGUUUUGUUGGGAGAGCCAGGAUCCUCCUUCUCUUUAUGGGAAGCGUUGAUCCACCCAAAGGUGUAUGGAUUUGGGAUCAAUCUGGAAAUCAUUACGAUUCUCUCCUCACCUCCUCCAAACACUUUAAACGUUACUUUGGAUUAAGGAAGGAUCUGGGCAUGGAAGAAGAAAGAAGCACGUCUCUAUUACCAAAAUGUUAUGCUUAUCUCCGAGAUGUUAAUAGAGGCGAAUUGCCUCGAGGAAGAGAAGCAUGGGAGCUGAACUGGAGCCAGGAGAAGCGAUGGUUCUAGAAGUAGACUAAGGAUAUGGUGCCUGGCACUCUCGUUCAACUGGUACAGGGAUAAUGUGCCUAGAUUCCCAGGAACACCCAGAACUCUUCAUCCUUAUCUCUUUAGCUCUGAACUGUGAUUAGCAAGACCCUUAUUCUGCCCAGCCCAGCUAAUUCCCCAGGUAUCCCAUCCCAGACCCCCCUCCUGCCCACCACCCAAUCCCCUGCAAGUAGGAAAAUUAACCCCAUCCCCCCCAAAAAAAUAGAUAAUCCUUUUGGUCAUCACGUGUGUCCAGGUCCCACGUUGCUGUUGCCUGGGACUUUUCCAAUCAGUUUUAUUUUCAGUGGCAUCCAUGGCUUGCACAAUCCUGUUCCAGUCAUGACUGAACAUUUGCCCUCCUUCAUGUGCCUGUUUGGGAAUGUUGUUGUGAUCCCCUUUACACAGUGCAUGGACGACAAACAAAGAAAACAAAGCGUAUCUGUAUAUAGUAGAGUAUAGCAAAUACUGUUCUCCCAUUCAGCGAUGUUGAUUGGACAUUGAAGACGCGAGUUUUCCUUUUACCUGAGCUGUUACUUUUGAGUUGUUACUGAGUUUGAAUAUUAGUAGGUAUAAAAGAAGAAAAUGGCUAAGUGUUCAUGAUUCUGCACAUUCAUUUCUAAGAAGCAAUAACUGUCAUGUGAGGAGAGAUUAAAGUUAUUGAGAGGACAGAGGAGCUACAGAGAUCUCCAUGGAAUUUUAGCCAAUGUAGGGCAUAGCAGAGGCCUCCGAGAAUCACCCAUGAUUAAUUCAGGCAGGCCAAAGAGAAAGGCUGGGGAGAAAAGUGGACACUUUGGGUGUGCCUGUACAUUUAGAGCCACCGUUUCCACACUACCCCUCCCCCCAGGUAUUUAUUGCGCAUCUGCUCUGUCUGGCACAGAUGGUAGAUAGUGCUAGCUUGUUUUAAUUUUUUUUUUUUCUGUAGAAGGCUGUUUUGAGCCCGGUUUCAUUCACCUUCCAGUCCAGACUCCCUGAAUUCAUUAGCAACUCCUGAGUGGAAAAGAAACCAGAGUGACCAGUGGGCCUUUAGAAGUCCACUGCAUAUGACACGAAGAGGAGAUAACACAAAGGGACUGGAACAUUCCAGGAAGACAACACUGGGGAGGUUUUUUUUUUUUAACCCUUUGAAAGAAAUAGCUCUUUCUAUUCAAAAGUACCAAAGAGCAAAGAUAAACCCGACAUUCCAAAAGCAGUGCUUCUUCGCCCGCCUCUCAGACAGGUCUCUGAGACCUCCAUAACCCUUUGCAUUAUUGAUUCAAAGAUACUUAAGAAAUAAAUGUUUCUGAGACCUCCUUUCUCUUCUUCCACUGUGAUCAUAGCUGUCCAUUAUUUAAUACACAUUUAGUCACUGAGUUCGUAGUUAGAUAAUUGUUACCCAUUCAGUAGGUAAUAUACUACUUCCUGGUAGCUGACCAGUGACCAAGGUAGCCCAGAUUCCUGCCCCCAGGAGGUAUGAGUGAAUGGGAUCCCUAUUCAAAUAGUAUGAGUUGACCUAACCAUACUGAGACAGUUUUAUCUUGCAAGAGAAAGAUAAUUAUGACUUCUUUUUAACCCAAUCACAUUAAGAAAAAAAAAAUUGCACAACAAAAGCAGUUGACCAAAUACUCACUUUUUUUUUUUUCUUAGAAAAAUGUAAUGUUUCACUCUGGAACAGUACUCUUUCACCUUGGCCGACUUGCAGGUUCGUUCAUCUUCCUACUUUAGACCAAGCAGGGUAGUCAUGGUGGUGACCGGAAUCACUGAGAAGACCCGGUUAACCAGUUUUUAUCUAUGUGGCACUGCUUCCUUUCCAUCACAAUAUACUGCAGCCCGCCAAUAUUGGUGACACUGGUGGCCCACAGAGGUACAUUCUAACCCACCUUGUUUUUGUUUUUUUGUUUUUUUUAACUUUAUUUUAGAUUUUAAACGUGGAAAGCUAGCCUAGAACUACUAAGUAAAUGCAGUCCAAGGAUAUACAUGGUUAAAAAUAUUAGAAAGGUUUUGCACUGUUUUUGAUUUGUUUUUGUUUCUGUUUGGUUACGUUCCAUCUUUGGAAUGUCAAUAAUCCUGCAGCGAAUUUUCACCCUGCAGCGAAUUUUCACCGAGACCUUCCCAAGAAAUUCUUGCUGUUGGUCAGUUUCAAGUUCAAGCAUUUUGGUUUGUUUGCCUUUUCAGUCUUCAUGCUGUAGGGAAAAUAUGAUGUUCAGGGUUGUUAAUUAUUAUGUGUAAAAUGAUUUCAUUUUAUUUGUUUGAUUAUUAUUUUAUUUUGUGUGUAUUGUGCACGACUUUAGGGGAACAGGCACUAACAGUGUUGUUCCUUGGAAUUGGUACACAUUGUCGACACGAAAAAGAAAUAAAGUUUCUAAUUGUUUGUGAUUUCAUCACUAGUGGCACAGCAUAUUCUGUACAGGGGAAUACCUCUCUUUACCAUGGGCUCCAGUCUUCGUUCUGUACUGGGGAAUUCCUCUCUUUACCAUGGGCUCCAGUCUUCGUUCUGUACUGGGGAAUGCCUCUUCUCAUUGUCCGUUGUUUGUUUUCAUGUUUUGAAGAAAUAAAGACCAACAAGGUAUCAUUGUGCAAUUGGUAUCCUCAUCCACAGGAAAGGAGACAGCCAGAAUUCAAGGUCAUGCAAAUGUCAGCUCUUUGGACCUACAGUGUUCUCGUUUAAAUGUCCCAAGAGCAGCACAUGGAGUCAGAGUGUCUGUCUGUCCUGUGACACUGUGAUCAACAUUAAGUGUGCCUUGCUGUCACCAUUUUUUCACCUUUUAGUUUAGCUCGAUCUUCUUGCUUUCUGCAUCCAAGGUCAUGGACUCAUAAACUAUUAUUGCCGGGCAACUUUUAGCACACAGUGCAUUAGACUAAAUCAUGCAGACCAUCACAAUGGAUAUUGGAAGUACAGUUACUUCCCAAGGGACAAGCAAAUCGUUCAUUUAGUAUCAUGCAUUGUAUUUCUUCUUGCUCCUAGUACGGCUUAUGUUUUAUGUUAUUAACUUCUGGUUUUAUGCAUUAUAUGUUCCUGACUUUCCUUUCCCAAACAAUCGAUAGAGCCUAGAAGAGGUGACCCGGCAUAGAAUGAGAAUUGCAGGAAAAGAACUAGUACCCUCUUACUGUGGUAGAAUCUGGACAUUAGCUGCAUGUAAAUGACUCUGUUCAUCUGAGCAUCUUAUUUCCCACAAAUUCUUUCAUUACAGCGUCCUGUGGGCCUGUGUGGCACAUUUUCAAGGGAGGGAGGAAAUAAGGUACAAUUUAAACACUCUUCUUGAAUCAAAGAAUUGAUUACGCCUUCUGAAUAUUGAUCUUUAAUUUUAUACAACAUUGGCAGCCAGUGUUUACUUCUUGAAUAAAGAGCAAAAAUGAGUAAUAUAGUGAGGAUUCUUGACCAUUUAAUAGACUUCCACAAAAUUCUCUGGCUGAUUGACUCUCAAGUGCGUAGGAGCAAGCACUCAUUAGUUCACAGGUUCUGAUUCAGUGCUUCCAACCAUGACCAUUUCAGAGAAUCUUGCUCUCUAAAGCAUAAGUGCACCAAGUUUUUGUUGCUCUUGCUUUUCAAAUAUAAGAUUAUAAUACAAAUAAGCUGUCUGAAACAAGCCUGCAAGAUGGACAGGUAGCUCACAUCUAAUAAGCAGCCCCUCCCCAAGAGGUGAUCUCCAAACAAGUAGAAAUGCAUUGUGUCCAUUGCCCUUUCCACACCAGGCUUCGCCAUUAGAAACGCUGUGUGCCCACAUUCCUGGCCUUGACCUAUCAAAAUCAAGUGAGAGGGGCUAGUUUGCUCUCAUACCCGACAGCUUUGUAGAAGGAAUUAGAAAUCCCCUCUUUUUUUAAAUCAAUUAAUUCAGUUUCAUUAAGACUUACUUAGUUUUUGUUUUGUUUUGUUUUUUUUUUUUUUGGUUUUGUUUUGGUUUGGUUUUUCUGAGUUAAAAAUGUGGAAUCUGCCUCUUGGUUUUAAUUUUCCUUUUCUGAUCUUGGGAAACUGUACCCAGAGCAAGUAGCGGUUGCACCAUCAUGAGUUUAGGAACAUGUGGCCAUUUCACCACUGACAUUGUGCAUCCUAACUUACAGCUAUAAUCUGGCAUUCUUUAUAAUAACCAUGCCUCUUGGCAAAAACUUGGAAGUAUGAUGGUCAGUUGGUAAAUAAGUGGUGUGUCACACAAAAGAGACAUGAAAAAAAAACACAUUGGUAAGUAUCCAACUUGCUGUGACCUUGCCUCGGCCUGCCAAGAUGUCCAAAGGGAUGCCCUUAGAGAAUCUCCAAGUUUUCAGUUUUGUCAAACAUUCUCUGAUUUCUUUGUCUCAAGGGACGUUUACGGAUCAUUACUUAUUCUUGAUGCACUUACUUUUUGUAAAGAGCAUCACUUCAUACUGUAGGCUUUCCUUUCCAUACUGCCCAACUUUGCCAUUCUUCCAUCAACCACUCUUAGUACGUUCAGUAAACUUCAUGAUGCCUGCUGUUACCUCUCAGCAGCAGGGGAAAGCUCAUGCUCGAGAGUUUUUCUUCUGGGAGCAAACUUGUCCUAGAAAAAUCAAAGAUGACUAGUUUUCACAAAGACAACAGAUUUUAGAGCAAAGUGUAUUAUCUCUACAAAUAUUUGGGUUCUGCGGUACCCUAGAGUUACAUACUAGCUCAUUAAUAUCUCUUGGGUUGUAUUUAUCAUGCCCCAUGUCCAUCUCCCAGCCUAUUCAUUCAGUAUCUGUAAGAGUGGGAAAGAACAGCAAGACAUAUGUCCCCAAGCCCUGUGCAGAGUUUCUCUAAAACUGUCAUAUGUAAACACAUAAAAAUACAUAUGACUCUAAGAAAUAUGAGUGGCCCAAGUGCUUCACUGGUUAGUGUGUUUCAGGAAUGCAAUGGGUAAGAAAAUUCACAUUAAAAACCAAAUAGACCAAGAAAGAAAUUACCAAACUUCAGGGUUACUGGAUCUGUUUUAGGAGUUAACUCACAAAGUCCAACCCUAAUAAUUUGUUUGUUGCAAAGACAGGUAUACUCUGCCAAAUCUAAAAAAAUGUACUUGAGGAAGGGAAAGUUACCUACUAGGAUGACUGACUAUACAGCCUUCUACCAGUACCCCGCUAGUGAUCUUAUAAUCUAUAGAACUAUUUCUUAGACUCCCUUGCAAAUAUGGAACAAAGAUCAGUUAUACAAGAAGGCAAUAUUUAUAUGGUUGCUGAUUUGCAAUGUUCCACCUCUAUUGUGAAGAUCAUAAUCCUGAAGAUUUUUCCAAAUAAAAUAACUACCCCUAUGUAUUAAAUCUAUUAAAUUCAACCAAGUCUGUAACUGCUUCACAAAAUAUUUCACUGAAGAAAUAAAAUAGAUAGCAUAUCCAUGAUAAGAAUCAUAUGAUCACAAUGGCUGCUUUUGUGAAAAAAAUGAGAUUCUUUGUGAAUCUUUCCCUACAUUGCUAAAUUCAUUUUAGCAAACAUUAGACUUGAAGAAUAUCCCAGUGAAAAAUCUUGGGAACUUUUUAUCCUGCAUUGCCAUAAUGCUCAUAGAACCAAGUUGUAAAGGUAAAAUAAUGAUAUGGGUGAGAAUUAACUAUACCUUUGACAAGAUUAUAUUUUUUAAAUGAAACAGUUUGGCAUAAAGAAAAUGUGUUAAGUAGGAUUUCAUCACAUAUUACCCUUAUUUAAGAUAUUUGAAACUCAUUACCUUUAAGUAAGAAUGAUUUCCAUUUCCCUGAGACAACUGUAUAAUUUAAACUCAUUCUCAUGUUUGAUAUGAAAGUCAAAGCUGGGCAUAUAUAGCUUUUGGCUUGGACAACUAAAGAAAAGUAUGCUUUUGGCAUACUUUCCAUGUCAUUGAAUUAUUUUGUGGAAUACAUUAGAGCUGUGCAGAUAUCUCAUAAAAAUAUUUUCAAUAAUUCCCUUACAUUUUAAAAUGUAUAAUGUUUUUAAAUUACUCAUCUUGGUAACUUAAUACUUCUCCCUUUUAAAAGAUGACUCCAUUUUGAUAUUGUUACUAAGGUUUCAAGACUAAUUAUAAUGUUGAAUCAAUACAUAGGGUGGGCUAUUGGACUUGAGUCAGCCCCAAUAACAUGUGGUCCAGACAGAUCUACCAGUAGUUAAAUGUUUCAGAAGAACCAGCAUUUUAGGGUACAACAAAGGUGAAUGUUGCAUUUGGUCUUUUUUCUACCAAAGGUGUGCAUUUUAACCAGUGCAAAAACAAGUUUAGAAGGUUUAAAUUACUAAUUGCAAGAUUCUUUUUCUUGAAACUGGACAUUGUUCAAUCAGUGACUCCCUUCUUUCCUUUUUCUCCCACACCAUAGAGAUAUGUACAUUAAAAACAAAGAUAAAUUUCACAUGUUGAAUAGCCUGAACUGCAUCCUACAUAUCUAUCUAUGGUUGCCCAGAAAUUCAUGUCAAGUUAGUUCCUUUCACAUCAUAUCUCUUUCAUAAGUGGAACAAAGCACAAAAGGGAGUGUUAUUCUAAAGGUAAAGGUGUACAUUUCAAGUUGUUUGAGAGAUGUUUAGAAUAACAAGUAUCCUUCCCCAAAAAAGGUGCAAAAAUAUUUUUUUAAAAAAAUAAAUUCAUUUUUAUUCCUUUUAUUUAGCAAGUAUUUCAGCUAGGAAGCCUUUAGGACUUAUUUGGUUCUUUCUGCCUUUGAGAAUGAGUCUCAAAAACAGUUCUUGUAAAAAAAAAAAAAUCUGACCAAGAUCAAAUUCUGGAAGUUAAAAUAGGAUGGGAUUUUGUAUUUUUGCUUAAGAGAUGGUAUCAAGCAGGCAGGCAACCGUGUCAGUUAAUAUUUUCUAGAAAUGUGUCCUACAGUUGGGAGACACAGAGAAGGGUCUCAUCCAGUCUGUCCACUGAUACUUUAUCCCCAGCUUGGUUGCAUGUUGGGAGAUACAGAGGAGGGUCUCAUCCAUCCUGUCCACUGAUAUACUAUAUCCCCAGCCUGUUGGAUCUUUCACUGGCUCAGGUUAAGGUUAGACAUUUACAACAGAGCCAACGUUCCAACUUUCACGUCUGUUGGUUGUCUUGUCUCUGUCAUUUCCCCUCCAAAAUCUUACUAGCCCGGCCAACCAGUUGCGCAUGAGGCUUCUCCAGGGAGCCCUCUCAGGGCAAGGCAUGAGAUUGAACAGGUGCAAAGCCUUUGGAAUUCAUUUACAAUUGUUAUCAUUAAGUCAUCAAAACUUUUUUGUCUUUUCAAGUUUCUGUUCAAAACUCCAAGAACAGAGUUCCUGCUCUCAUGGGUAUCUUAUAGGAACUUUGACACACCGACUCUAGUGGUCAUGUCAUUGUUAAAAGAAAAGAAAGAUCGCUUUAUGACUACUUCGGAUUCAUUUCACACUGCUUCAGAACUUCCACUAAUCAACAUCAGCUUCAUGGCCAGCAGAAUUCUGUCUUUACCUCAAAUUUAGAAUUGUUUUAUUUUAAAAAUUCAGAAUUAUUUUGGGUGUCUUUAAAGGAGUUUAAAAUAUUUAAUGAUUUGUUGAAAUCAAGACAAAAGAAAGGAAUGUUUUGCACAGGCUAUUGGGCUAUACAGGAGGACCGGUUUUUGUUGGGCUGUCUUGAUGUCUUGCCCGUCUUUGUAAGUUUACAUUUAUACUAUCCCCAAUGAAAUGUUCUCUAUAAGAGGACACAGAGCAUUGGUCUUCACUUCCUGUCUUUUUAAAUCCUGCCAGGGGAAAAAAAAAAAAAAACAGCUGUUUCAGAACGUAUAAUGUAGGGGCAGGAGAAUGCCAAGUACCAUCCUGGUUGAACCAGAAGCUUUGAACAAAAGCGCAUGUCAUUUUACCUGUCUCUGAGUUAAUGCUGUGCUCAUGAACCAGCUAUGGUAAGGAUGGGUGGAGCUAGAUAAACAGCAAAUGGAUGACUAAAGACUGACAAGGGAUCAGACACAAGUUAAGCCAGAGAGGCAGAAAAUUAGCCAGUUUAACAAAGCCCCAUCCACAAUCAUUCACAGACAUUACAUUCAGUUCAAACUUGAAAAAAUAAUAAUAAUUCAGUCUGGCCAGUGGAGCAGUUUCAAAAUCAGAGUUUAUGUUUCUGACACAAUCUCAUAAAUUUCCAGCCCUUAUUCUGAUAAAAUGUUAAGAAUCAUAAGGUAACAUGAGACAUUAAAGGAAGGAUGAUUUAAGACAAUUAACACUGGCCCUGAAUUUAAUCAGAUCCCAAUUACAGUCCUCUAAUUAAAUUAAUCUUUCAUUUUGGUCUAAGGAUGCUUUAUGAAUGUGAGAAUAUUUAAUAGGGUCAUUCUGAAAGUGAUCAAAGAACUUCCCUUUAAAAAGUAGAAAUAAUGAUUUUCUUAAUUUCACAUUCUGUCUUUCACCAUCAAGAUGAAGGGAUUCAAACUUAAAUAGCACAUUCCAGAGUCUUCUAUGAGCCAAUCACCAUGUGAGACUGCUCUGUUAGCAUUUCAAGUUCUGGACAGGUUGGUCAUUAUUGAAGUUCUUUCUACUAACCACAAACACUGAAUGUUCUUGACUUGGAGAGUCUGGCUCCUCUCUGAGCUAAAACUCCAUUCCUAGUCAACUGAGCCUCUAAAGAAGAGGGCCUUAGCUUCUCCCCUGAGCAUACAGUGCUCUCUUCCUUUGACUGCCCAGUCAUCAUCAGACAGGAGACUUGAAGGUUUUCUCUUUUGGAAGGGCAGAUAGAUCACUUGUUUCAGAAAGUUAUGAGUCUUCAGAUCUCUCUGGGUUUGAAUCUUCACAUUGCUACAUGAGAGAUGAGAUGAUACUUUCAUGUUGUUUUUUAGAACUCAUCAAGCCCCACCCAUGUGGUCAGUAGCUUCCUGUUCCCUCCUCUUGUAAAUACAGGCUAAAGAUGCUUUAUGAUGCCAAUCAGUUCUCCUUGUAUUCGAUUAUCAAAACAAGUGCCAAGUCAAUUGAGCCCCAUGCAUCUGGGGGGAAUGUAACAAUUGAUUUUACAAUAAUUAUUUGUACACUGCUGGGGUAUAGGACUGGCUUUUUUUUUCCCUGAGAGGAGGGAGUGGGAAGUUUCCUCCAUUUGAAGAAGCAUCUGAAAGAUUAGAGUGGACUUAACUCCGUGUCCUUCUUAUGGACAAAUCCAUCCUUCUUCUAAGGAUGACCUUUAAUUCUCAGAGUGUCUCAUAACAAUUCCACUUUUGUUUUGCAUUCCUUAGGCUUCCCAACAGAUAGGAGAAAGAGAUUGUCAACACUGUUUUAUACUAAACUAUAUGAAAUUAUAAACAAGCUGUCCAGAGGCCAGCAGCACCCUUUCCAAGGUUAUUAAGGGUACAAGCAUUCUACAGCAAAAUGAAAAAAGGGUAUCAUUUGCUACAGAUGCAAUUGUCUUUUCAAUACCCUCUUUGUUAUGGAGAAACGACUAAUCCAAAAGAUUUCAUAAAAAAAGACUUCUUAAACCAUAACCGUAGCAAUUACCUGGACUGCCACAGCCAAAAUACUUCAUUGGUGAUCUGAAAUUGCACAUAAAACACAGAAGAAGAAUGUAGACAUUUUCACAAGAGAAAGACAGGAAAAAAAAUAACAGACCUCUGCUUAUGUAAAAGAGAAUAUUUUUGUGGAAUGAAUGUAAGCUUUCUCUUGAAGGAAUGUCUUAAGAAAUGACAAAACUAUUUCAACAUUAGUGGAAGGAACGCAUUCCAACUUUAUUAGUCCUGAACCACAAAGCCAAAUUUGUAAGGGGGGAAGAGUAACCAAACAUUACUGACAUAUGGCAACAGAUGAAGUGGCUUUGUGAGCCUCAACAUAGAGAGAAGAAAUUUAAAUGGGUAAUAUUUUUGUUACUACCGCAAUAAUUUCUGUAGCUGCUGCUUGGGGAUAAAAAUACCCUUCCUCUUCUCAUUUACGUUUCCACCCAGAGCUGCUGUUCAGUUGCAGCAAAUGCAUCACAUUUUAAAUUGCAAUGAUUCCCUUAUGUCAAAUUUGACCUCAAUUUCAGAUUUGAUUAGGAAAUAGUAAACUGGAAAAAGGGGGAGGUUCAUCUUUUUAAAAAUAAAGAUGCUCUAUAGGCAUUUUCUGCUGCUGCCUGCCUUAAGCAACCCUAGCUGUACUGUCAAUCAAAGGCAGCUCUUUGCUUAAGGAAGAGAACCCCCUUUUCCCAAUGAACUUAGACUUCCUUCCAUUCACACAAAUUCUUGUCAAUCUUCUUCAACUCCCUGCCAGAGCCCCGCCUCCUAAGCUGACCCAGGUCUUCCAGCCAAACAAAUUGCAGUCUCUAAUUAUGCCUGCUGACAGUUUGUCCACCUUAACUCUUUCUCACCUGAAAGCCCCAGAAGGUCCCUUGAAACCUUCCCUGUUCAUUCAUUUUCAGGAGUUCUUGGGAUUAACAAAUUUCCACAAAGGUUUUACUAAGAAAAUAUCAACAACUCAUUUGUUUGUGCUCAGCCAAGAAACUGUGAACAAAUUUAGUGGCUGUGUUAAUUACUCUGGACUGAUAAGGUGACUGUCGCCUAAGCGGCAGAAGAGAACUCUUAUGUUAUUACUAAAAUAAUAUUAUAUGAAGAAAGAGGGUAGAAUUUUCUAGAAAUGGACUUUUAAGGUGUUACACUUAAUAACAUAGAAAAUUACACAGGAAGGCCAGCGCAUAGAAUUAUAUUUUAUGAACAUGUUUAUUGUAUAUACUGAUGUAUGCCUAACUUUCUAAACCUAAAACUCUUCUCUAAUUAAACCAACACCCGUGGAAUCUAGCCCUUACUACUUGAUGGGUUUCAGGAGAGAAAAUUCAACAUUAAUCUUCCCCUCCCCACAUGGCAAAGCUUUGCUGUGAGAAUCCGAUUCGGAUGACAUGGCUAACUAUAUUUAGUGUUUUAGAAUAAGCAACUACAGCGAUUCUUCAAAGUUUGAUCUGCAACCAACCAGCAUCAGCAAUGACAAGGAAACCUGGGAAAUAUGCAAAUCAGCUGCUCCCACUAGAGACCCCAUCCCUUGGUAAAUGAGAUAUGCCAGGACUAGGCUCCAUGCUGCAGGUUUUAACAAGCUCUUUGGAUUGUUUUAAUGCAUGCUGGAGUUCAAAACCAUUGAUCCACACAGUGUUCUGUAUGGCCAAGGAUGAUCAAUGUCACCCCCUGUUUAACUCUGCUCCCCCAGAAAGAAGCUUAAGGGCUUAAAUGGCAGCCUGCCUCUCAGUACAACAGACUCAGACGUGUGGUUUAAAAGUCCAUAACUCAGACUUAGAAUUCAAUUUGAAGGAGAACUAACCUCACAAUUGCUUUUUUUCCCCCCUUGUAAUGGGACUUCAGGAAGCCUCUCUUCCCUGAGUCUUUCUUUUAAAAUACAGCCGUGCAUAUUCUUUACCUGAGCAGCCAUGGACAGCCUAGGAAACCUUUCUCCUGGUUGCUUCACUAGCGCUGGUUUUAUCCUUAAUUUUGAACUAUUCUGUGGCAGUCCUAUGUCCUGCUGAAUCAAUGUCUUCUGGUCUGAGGAGUGGGAAGCUGCUUCAAAACAAGCCACAGGGCGCAAAAAGCUGGGAAACAACAGACUGCAUAGACAUCAUCACUCUAGGUAGCCUGGGGUCAACUUUCAAGACUCUCUUCCUGGCCUUGGAGUGCUGAAUACUCAGGUCACUUAGCAGAUAAGAAUGUCUUAGAAAGAUAAACUGAGAUAGUGAGUUACACGUGUAAGUGUGGGCAUGUGUCCAUCUGUCCUCUAAAAUCUAACCCGACACUCUUAAAUAUUUAAAAUACCCACCACGUGUUUGUCCCUGCUUUUCAAGCAAUUCAAGAAGCUGUGUGUGUCUACUGAUGCUGGCCAAAGCUUGAGUGUAGGUUGUCCCUUUGCUACGGGGAGUGGGGUGGGGAGUGAUGAGUACUUUGGCAUUGAUGACUUCCCUCUUGUCCUCUUCCUCUCAAAUGCACCUGACUUCUUGUAUCCCCAGUUCAAACACAGCCCAUUUGGUCUCAGUCAUCUUCCCCUGCAUCUCCACUUAAACACUCUUUUACUCACGAUCAAAGUCUUGCUCACAAGUCACCUCGCCACUAAGACCAUUGCAGAGUUGGAAUAUAAUAUUUGCAGCAGAAGGCCUAAGCUCGAUUCUGUGCAAUUAACUCAAAUUUGUCACUAAGAUCCAAAGCCUUGCUAUCCUCUCUGACUGUUGAAAGCCAUCUUGGAAACCUCUAUGGUGGAAGCUUCCCAGGUGAAAUUGCCAAGCAUCUCUCCUUGCUCCACGAUCCAUUGCACUGUUUAUUUCGCUCCAAUCCCAAAGCCUUGAAAUAAUCAUGGAUUUGAAUUGCAAAAGAGCAGGAAAACAGUUAGAUAAUGAAAGACCCUUAUUUCGGAGAACACGGAAAAGGCUCGGGCAUGAGAAGGUAGCAGAUGAUUGUUUUAAAACCAUAAGCAGAUUUGCCUGUCAGUACUAUUCCCGGUGAUAGUCACAGGUUAAUGGUACAAGACAAGUCUCUUUCCCAAAAGCCAUAAUAACCACCGUUGACACAACUGUGAUUGUAACCGGACUUCCCGGGGCUCUUCUGGGAGUUUUGUAGAGCACAAUGCUCACAGCAAAGAGACACUCAUGGCUCUCUAAACAAGGACCAGAAAAGGAAAUGGCUGUUGUAUAUAUGCACAAAACGCUGCUCAGCCACUGGCAGCAUUCCAUGGGGCAGGCAAGAGAGAGAUUUCCAGUUGGAAACUAAUCCACAAUUGUCUCAUGCCUCCAGUGGCAUUUCUUCCCCCAGGGAAUAAAGCUGGUGAAUGAUUUAAGGGUAAACUGAGCUCAUCCUGAGCAAUUAUAACAGGCAAUCCCUAUAGAACAGGCUGGCGUGUCUUCACGCAUGAAUUCUUCUCUGGAGAAGACAUGAGCACCGCAACCAACACCCCCCGCACACACACACAUACACACACAUGCUGAAGAGUAGAGAACAGUCUGUCCAGAUGAUGUACUCACAGUGUAAGGGAUCCAAAUAACCUUCAAAGACAAAGAGCAGGAGGUGGAAAGCCAAACAGACAAAAUUAGAGGCAAUCUUAGCACGGGCGAGUGUAAGCAAUCCUCACAUUCCUCCAGCUCAACCUGGAGAUGGCCCUUGCUCAAGACUGUGUUUUAAAUAGCUCAGUCCCACUGGGAAUCCACUGCAUGGUGGUUUGGCAGUGAUAAUAGCGAUGGAAACUUAACUGCAUCUUUCAAUUUUGAGCUUCUCAGGCCAACGAAUCAAAUGUAUAAAGAUUGCCAUUUUCAGCACACAACACAUACACAAAGGUGUGCACACCCUAGUUAGUAAUUCUGUGGGGGAAGCAAAAUGUUUAGCAAUCAGAAACUUUUUAGUGUAUUCUGUCAAUGCUUCAGAGAUAAAAUGUGGGGGGGGGGGGAAGAAAAGUCAACAUGCGCAUGAUUGCUAACUGUAUUACAAUUAUGAUCGUCAGACGUACUGUUGAAAACGCUAUGUAAAAUACCUUCUCCAGCAUCAAUGGAUCAAUACUAUUUGAAAAUAGCUGUCAGUUUGUGCUCAUUAAAUAUUCUUAUGUCUGCGGUGUUCUACUAUUAUCCUGAAAUAGUGACCACACACAAGGAAAAAAAAAAUGGCCUCGUUGAAAUGUUAGAAGUGAAGGAAAUUAUUUAUAGUCUUCUGCCAAAGAAAAUUGUUUAAUGCUCUAUAAAAUGUAGAUUAACUUCUUGUAUUAUGAAUGUGACUGUAAGAAUGCUCACUCCAUCACCUAUCUUUUGAAAAUGAAUUCUUUUUGUGUUUCCAAUGACCAACGGAAAUAUUUUAAGCCGAUGUAAUACACAUAAUUCUUAGAAAAAAAAAGCUAUAUUUGAAUCUGAAAAUUUGGUGGCGUAUUUAUCAGUCUUUUCCUCAAAUUCUUGCAUCACACUAGGCUGCAUUUGGAGACCUUAAACACGCCAACAUUAAUGACGAUUCUUGUCUUAUAGAGAAAUCAUUAAAUCAUUUCUCUUCAAAGAACGUUGAGUGGACAGAAAUUACUGUCUAAUUUUCUUAGCCAACCACUCCAUACUCGUUGUCUCAGAGGUCUACCAAUUUUGCACAGAAAGUUAAGAGACUGUGUAAGCCAAUUUAAUCUGUGCAGUUAGCGAGAACUAGCCAUUAAACUAUAUAUUUAAGUGUUUUGUAAAUAAAAUUUUGAUUACUACAGUUUUGUUCAGACUUAUGUCUUUUAAAAUAAUUAGACUUGAUUUGAAUUUUUUAAAUAAUCUGUUAUAUUAGAUGUUGCGUUAUUGACUGUGAUUCAAUGUACACUCAGCCAUAUUCCUGUGGGAAAUAUCAGUCCUAUUGACUUUCUUGGCAUGAGCCAGAAGCUCUUAGUUUCUCUAAGGACUUUAAUUAUAAAGACAAAAAAAAAAAAUCAAAAUAAAAUGCUAGUGAAGAAAUAAGAAGCCUAUUGUAUAAAAUGUAUUUUUAAAAAUCUUAGGAUUCAUGUGAUUUACACUGCCUGUUAAUCUAGUCUCUGUGGAAUGACCACAUCAUAUGCGUUAAGACAGAAACACCAAAUAUUUGUGAUCUUUGUAUAGCACCUUGUUAUAAUACGUGAUUUCAAAUGGUAAACAUCUCUGUUGUGAUCACGUGAGCCCACAGAAGAAUUAGUUCCUGCUGUCAUGUAAAAUCCAGCUCUCAGAGUUGAAUUUCCUACAGCUGCUCUAUCACCAAUAAACAAGAAUUAAUUGUGAAAAGAUAUAUUUUAUGUUUAUGAUCACUGUGCAUUUUGUUAACGAAUUCAGAAAAUUUUGUUUUUACCAGAAAUUCUCUCAGCCAGUAAAUACAACUGCUGAUUUCAACCAUACUAUUAUUUCUGUGGUUUCUAUAUUCUUGAUCUAACUACCAAAAAAUUGGAAGUUCGGUGCAAAGUAUGUCCUAACAAAGAUACAAUAAGUGACUUUUCCUGCAUGCUGCUUGAGAUACAUUGUAAUUUGAAAUGUCGUAUCAAAAAAAGUAUCUAUUUCACACCCAAA